AUGUCCGUCUUUCUGCCUCUCCUCGACAACGAAGCCGACGACGAGCUCGUCGCCGCGCUGUCCCGCAUAGGCCCCGUCGCCAUCCCUGGUCUGCCCAACACACCAGACGAUGCCCACACGGAGUACACGAACCGGUACAUCCUCCUCGACCACGAUACGUCUGUUGACCUCGAGCAGCUCAUCGCCUGGCUCGACCACGGCGCCCAAAAAGUGAUCGUCCCACUCUCAUGGGCGAGCGAACUCAUAGGCCUCCUCCCCGCCUCUCGCAUCCUGCUCCUCCUCGACGUCGCCUCCGCUAGCGCCGUCUCUGAAAAAGUACGGAACGGCGUCUCGGGCGUGCUCCUCAAAUCGCCCUCGCUCGAACUCGACCUGAUAUCAUCCAUCUCCCGCUUCUUCACCGGUAAGGCCAUCCAUGUCCUCUCUAUCUCUGCUGGCUUGCCUUCGCCGUCGACGAUCAGGGGACUUAAAGGAGUGGGCGCGACGCUCGUCAUUCCGUCAAGCCAACUCACGAUUGGGCCGUCGGACGCCACACACUUGAAUGUUGCCGAUGCGUUCCUCGCACCCGUCACUUCAGACCGCCCAGACGGCCUCUUCCCCACCGUCGUCUCCUCGCACCUCCAAAGUGGCCGUUCUCUCGGCCUCGUCUAUUCCUCAACCGAAUCUGUCAAGGAGAGCAUCAUCACCGGUCGGGGAGUCUACCAGUCGCGCAAACACGGUCUAUGGCGGAAGGGCGAGACGUCUGGGGCUACGCAGGACGUCGUGCGGAUUCGGCUUGAUUGCGAUGAGGAUUGUCUAGAGUUCAGCGUCGUGCAGCAUGGAGCUGGAUUCUGUCAUUUGGAAAGGACGUCCUGUUUUGGGGAGAUAGGCGGGCUGGCGGCGCUCGAGGAGACGUUGCGGUCGAGGAGGGCGGAGGCGCCCGAGGGAUCGUAUACGAGGAGGUUGUUCGAGGACGAGGGGUUGUUGAGGUCGAAGAUCAUGGAGGAGGCGGACGAGCUUUGUAGAGCGGAGACGAAGAAGGACGUCGCGUUCGAGGCGGCGGAUCUCAUUUAUUUCGCGCUGACGAAGUGUGUCGCGGCGGGGGUAGGCAUCGCGGAUAUCGAGAGCUCGUUGGAGGCGAAGGCGAGGAAAGUCACGCGUAGACCGGGGAACGCGAAGCCUCAGUUCUCUGCUGCUGCUGCGUCUACGUCUACUUCUACUUCUAACGCAGAUAAACCACUCCCCGCACCUCCUGCAGCUACUGCUACCCCGCCUCAGGAUCCCGACGCCCCGAUACGCAUGCGUUCCUACGACUUGUCCACCGUCACCCCCUCCGAACGCGUUCAACUCCUCCUCCGCCCCGUUCUCGCCUUCGACGAAAUGAUCGCCAAAGUGAAGCCCAUCGUCGACAGCGUCCGUACCGGUGGCGACGCCGCCCUCCUCUCGCUGACCGCCAAAUUCGACAAAGCGCAACUCGAAUCGACCGUCCUCUUCCCCCCUUACCCGCCCGAAAGCAUGGUGCUCGAGGAUUCUGUGAGGCAGGCGAUCGACGUCGCGUACGCUAAUGUUUACAAGUUCCAUGCGGCCCAGGCGGAGGACGCGGCGCUGGUUGUGGAGACGAUGCCGGGUGUUGUGUGUUCGAGAUUCGCGAGGCCGAUCGCGAGGGUGGGGUUGUACGUCCCUGGGGGGACAGCGAUCUUACCCUCCACGGCGCUCAUGCUGGGUAUCCCAGCCCAAGUGGCUGGAUGUAAGGAGAUCGUGCUCGCGACGCCGCCGAGGCCCGACGGGAGUAUCUCUCCAGAGGUGAUGUAUGUCGCGCAUUUGGUCGGGGCGUCGGCGGUGUUGAAGGCGGGCGGCGGACAGGCGGUGGCGGCGAUGGCGUAUGGGACGGAGACGGUGCCGAAGGUGGAUAAGAUUUUUGGGCCGGGGAAUCAGUGGGUGACUGCGGCGAAGAUGUUGGUGCAGAAUGAUACGGCGGCGUUGGUGUCGAUCGAUAUGCCCGCUGGACCGUCUGAAGUCCUCGUCAUCGCGGAUCACACCUGCAACCCCGCAUUCGUCGCCGCCGACCUCCUCUCACAAGCCGAACACGGCAUCGACUCCCAAGUCGUCCUCGUCUCCGUCUCUCUCCCUCCUUCAACCCUAGAUGCAAUCGAGCACGAAGUAGACGCACAGGCGCGCGCGCUGCCUAGGCUCGACAUCAUGCGGCAGUCCGUCGCGAAGUCGAUCAUCGUAAGGACGGAGAGCGUGGAGGAGGCGAUGAAGUUCAGCAAUGAGUAUGCGCCGGAGCAUUUGAUUUUACAUUUGGAGGGGGCGGGGGAGAGGGUGCGCAUGGUGGAGAAUGCGGGGAGUGUGUUUGUGGGGCCGUAUUCGCCUGAGAGUUGUGGAGACUACGCCUCGGGAACGAAUCAUACCCUGCCCACGAACGGAUACGCACGUCAAUUCAGCGGCGUCAACACGCUCUCGUUCCAGAAACAUAUCACGUCGCAGGAGUUGACCGCGCAGGGGUUGAAGAACCUCGGACCGGUCGUCGCUACGCUGGCGGAUUGUGAGGGACUGGGAGCGCAUGCGAAUGCGGUGAGGAUUAGGCUCGCGGCGGGGAUUUAG